GAAUUACUUGAACAACUCGCCUUGUUGCGAGCACAGCUCAAUAAGUCUGUUCGUGAGUUCGAUGUUAUCGUAAGUCCGAAAUGGGUGAGGUCAUUCAAGUGGACGGUGAAUAUCGAGCAUGCAACCCUUGAAGCUUUCAAAGAUUCCAUACGUGCAGUAUACCAAACACCGGCUCUUGAAAAUGAUGGUGCUGUGUUCAACGUUGUGUGUGACAGCGGAAAAUACUCACCUCGAAACGACCAAGCAUUGCGUGAAAUGCUCCAGUUGCUGGUAUCAAAGAAUAACCUUAAGUUUACCGUCUUCAUAGAGACUCCCUCAAAAGCGUUCUCAGAUUGGACUCUUGAUUUACUCAGACAAGAGAAUGCUAAGCUUGUGGUCGAGAAUGCUGAGCUUAAGCACGAAAACUCAAAACUGAAACAGAUUAUAGAAGAAAAUGCUGAGUUUAAAAUCAAAAUUUAG